GUCAGAGUGCAAAGCCUUGCCGUGUUUCCCUAGCAACGGUCUCUGGAGCAGAUGGCCACCUAGUGAUUUGUCGGACUGUGCCGGGUCUGGGCCUCUUGUUCCCAACUCAUAAGGCUUUGCAGCCCUGUUGACCCGAUGUUUCAUGGAACAAUCACAAAAGAACUAACCAGUCAUGAAGAAUGGAGUCACUAUAAUGACAACAUGAUAGAAGAUCAGAAGGAUUUUGUUUUUGUGAAAUUCAGUGGCCUUCAUUUAAAAUCUAUGGAAAAUUUGCAAUCCUGUAUCUCUCUGAGAGUAUGCAUCUUCUCAAACAAUUUUAUCACAGAUAUUCAUCCACUUCAAAGUUGUAUAAGAUUAGUCAAACUUGAUCUCCAUGGAAAUCAGAUAAAGAGUCUACCAGAUACCAAAUUUUGGAGUGGACUGAAGAAACUAAAACUCCUCUAUCUUCAUGACAAUGGGUUUGCAAAGUUAAAGAAUAUAUGUAUGUUAUCUGCCUGUCCAAGUCUAAUUGCCCUCACUAUGUUUGAUUGCCCAGUGAGCCUUAAAAAAGGAUAUAGACAUGUUCUUGUCAACAGUAUAUGGCCUCUCAAAGCACUGGAUCAUCAUGUGAUUUCUGAUGAAGAAAUAAUUCAGAACUGGCAUCUUCCUGAAAGAUUUAGAGCAUAUAACCACCGACUUUUCUUUAAUUUCUGCCCUGCUUUGAAAAAGGGAUCAACCUAUGGUGAUGAAAUUAAUAAUAUCAAAUAUAUUGUUUCAAAAAUUAAUGAAAUUCUGGCUCAUACUUCACCAGUUUUGAUUGUUCAAAGAUGGAUACGUGGUUUCUUGGUUAGAAAAAAAAUGAGCCCCUUGUUGCAUAAAAAGCAUCAGGAGAAAUUUAUUGGUGAAUGUGAAACAAAGUGGACUUUUAUACCUAAAGGAUACAAAGACAGUCUCUUUAAGCAUCUCUUUCUUCAGCCUGAAACUAAUAGAACAGGAAAACUUGCACAUUGGAAACAUAAUAUACUUUCUCAUGUUGAUUUAAAAAGUUCUAGAGAACAGAGAAAACAUGUUUCCUCUAUAUUAUAUGAAUUAAAAACAAAAGAAAUUGGUAAAAAAUCAAAAACAUCAAGACAUCUCAUUCAAAAAGGUCAGAAGGAAUCUGAAGAUGAAACUGAAGGUGAAGAAUUGGAUGCCAGCUUUAGGAUAUCAGUGUUCAAACUACCCAUACAUACUUCAGGUUCACUCAAGUAUGCUGCAUUAUUGAAAGAAAAGGAGCAAGAUUAUUUUCCUACAUAUGUCCAGCCAUUUUCUACCACUCAUCAAAAACCAGAAAUUACAAAAAAGGACAUGCUGUUGAAGGGUAAUGUAAGAAAAGAGUUUUUUAUAACACACAGAACUGGUAUAAAACUCCGAACACUUUGUGAUAUUGAUAAAUGUUAUUCCGAACAAAAGAAGCAGGAAAGCCAUAAAAAAAAAACAACAGCUGUAACUCUGGCACAAGUUGCCCAGGAAGGAGUUAGCUUAGCUGUUCAAGAAAGCUUAAAUAAGAAAAAAAAUGCUGCACAAAAACUAAUUGCAAAAGAUAAUGAGACAAUUCGGAAUGGUUUACAACAACUUUGGCAGGACAGAUUCAAUUACCUUGAAAAAGUUAAAGAGAGGAGAGCUCGGUUUCUGAAUGAAAAAAAACAAAAGGCUGAAGACCGUUUAUUAAUUCAAAACAUAAGUAAUGAGCGCACUCUUUUAUGCAAAGGAAUGAUUAAAAUGGACAGAUUGAGGAAGAAUCAGGCUGUCUUACAAGAGAAAAGUCUGAUUGUUCAGCAAAGACUAGAAAUGGAAAAAUAUCAAAAGAAUUUACUUAAACAAAUGAAGGAAAUUAGGGCUCAAGAAACAUAUAAAAAACACUGUGAAGAAAAAUUUGUUAUUGAUAUGAUUAUCUUUCAAAAAGCAUGUGAAAGAUUUCAAGAUGCUAAAACAAAAGUUGCGCUUGUGAGAAAGAAUUUAGUCUUUAAAGUUCCCAAUGGAACAACAAAAUGAACCAAUGCCAUACCACAUCUGUGGUCACUUUGAAUUAUGGCUAUUAUAUUUAGUUAAAGAACUUUGAAAUAAUACUAUUAAAGAAGAAAUACUGUAUGUAAUAAGAUGUAUUUGUAUAUAAAUAUUCUAAAAAUAUACAGAAUAAAGCAUUUCUCUUCUUGAUCAUAAUUUAAUUUAAAUCAAGUUAACUUGAUACCCCCAAAGUUGCCUUAUAUAUCCAGAUGUCCAAGGAACAAUUAAAACUUAUUUCAUUAAUUGCAGGAAAUAGUGCAAAGGCAUUACUUAUAUUGUUUCAUAUCCCAAGGAUAGAAAUCCUAAAGCUAUUUUCAGUUUCUCUGGCAUAGUAAU